AGUGCGGAGUAGGGGGAAAUCCAUCGGCUGCAGGAAGGAGACAGCAAGAGCCUAAGGCAGCGUUUGCGUCUGCCUAAAAGGGAGGAAUAAAAGGAGUGGGAGCUGCCGGAGCACAUUCACUUUCUGCCUUGGCGCGUGUACUCGCAGCGCGCACGCUCAAGAGGAAGACCAGGAUUGGUUUACGGGGUAGUCGCAACUUCUUGUCCCAACCAAUCCAGAUGCAGCGGGGGGGUGGGUCCCGGCCCUCACUGGCUGGCGAGACGUCCGCGCGCGGGUUUCGUCGCGUUGCAGCUGUUUGCGGGUGUAGUCUUUGUCCGCGCCAUGGAACCUGGUCUGAUCCGGCGUUUAGCCCCGCGCCUGGGCAUCGCCGAGCCGGAGGUGCUGAGGGGACACAGGUCGAGCCCUGGUCCGGGAAGAUCCCACCUGCCGCGGAGCAGCUAAGCCUGUACACCGCAAUUACUGAGCCUGCACUCUAGAGCCCGUGAGCCACAACUACAGAGCCCGCGUGCCACAACUACUGAAGCCCGUGUGCCUAGAGCCUGUGCUCCGCAACAAGAGAAGCCACCGCAAUGAGAAGCCUGCGCACUGCAACGAAGAGUAGCCCCCGCUCGCCGCAAGAGAAAAACCGCGUUUAGCAACGAAGACCCAACACAGCCGAUAAGUAAAUAAAUGUUAAAAAAAGAAAGAAAGAAUUGUAGUUAAACUGGGGGGGCAGGGCUAGCCUGGGUGCUUGGACUGUCAAUUAGGUGACAGAAGGGAAGGAAAGGAACACCUCCUGGACUCGUAAUCAUUUAGAACAGUGGUUCUCAAAGUGUGGUGCCUGGACCAGCAGUAUCAGUAUCUCCUUGGAACUUGGUAGAAAUGCACAUUUUUAGGCCCCACUAUAGGCCUACUGAUCAGAAACUCGGGCUGGGACCAGCAAUCUUUUCACAAGCCCCAAGGUGACUGUCAUGUACACUAAAGUUUGAGAACCACAGAUUUAUUUUUAUUUAUUUAUGUAUGUAAGUAUGUAUGUAUGUACGUAUGGCUGCGUUGGGUCUUUGUUACUGUGCGCCGGCUUUCUCUAGUUUCGGCGAGUGGGGGCUACUCAUAGUUGCGGUGCGCGGGCUUCUCAUUGCAGUGGCUUCUCUUGUUGCAGAGCAUGGCCUCUCAGCGCGUGGGCUCUAGAGCGCAGGCUCAGUAGCUGUGACGCAGGGCCUUAGUUGCUCCGCGGCAUGUGGGAUAUUCCUGGACCAGAUAUCGGACCCGUGUACCCUGCAUUGGCAGGCGGAUUCUUAAUCACUGCACCACCAGGGAAGUCCCAAGAACCACAGAUUUAGAGGAAGGAGGAACCCUGGUCUCACUUGCCUGCCUAUGUCACAAUUCAUGCUUGUUCCAGUAAUGGAAGGCUGAAAGAAGGGUUGGCCUUUUUGGGAGGAUUUCAGGAACUUACUUUUGCUUGAAAGUACUUGAGCACAGUGAUGUCUGGAGUCAGAGGGUCUGUUCUGUUUUGUAGAACCCUGUCCUCCCCCAAAAGAUGGGAGUUUCAUUCCCAGCCCCAAAUAAACUUGCAUAGGAAUUAGAGUCGGAGUGAAGUUCGCCAGGCUGAAUUCAUUGUUUACCAAAGUAUUGGGCAGACUUCUGGGAAAGAGUUUUAGUGAAUGUGUUGCUCAGGAAAGCAGAGGAGUACUUGCGACUGUCCCAUGUGAAGUGCAUUGGCCUAGCGGCACGAACCACAGAAACCAGCAAUGCAGUCAUGUGCCUGGACCUUGCAGCUUCCUACGUGAAGUUCCCCUUGGACAGGGAUUAUUUAAUUAAACUUUCUGGUUUGAACAAGAAGAUGUAUCAGAGUUGCCUUAAAUCUUUUGAGUGUUUACUGGGCCUGAACUCGAAUAUUGGAAUAAGAGACCUAGCUGUACAGUUUAGCUGUACAGAAGCAGUGAACAUGGCUUCAAAGAUACUGCAAAGCUAUGAGUCCAGUCUUCCACAAACACAGCAAGUGGAUCUUGACUUAUCCAGGCCGCUUUUCACCACUGCUGCACUACUUUCAGCAUGCAAGAUUCUAAAGCUAAAGGUGGACAAAAAUAAAAUGGCAGCCACAUCCGGUGUAAAAAAAGCCAUGUUUGAUCGACUCUGUAAACAGUUAGAGAAGAUUGGGCAGCAGAUCGACAGAGAGCCUGGAGAUUCAGCUACUCCACCAUGGAAGAAAAAGAAGACAGUGGUUGAACCUUCAGCAACGGAAAUAGAGAAUGUAGUAGAGAUCCCACAUAAACCGCAAAAAGAUGAAGAUCUGACACAGGAUUAUGAACAGUGGAAAAGGAAAAUUUUGGAAAAUGCUGCCAAAGCACAAAAGGCUACAACAGAGUGAUUUCAGCUUCCGGACCACCUGUACUGCAAACCAGCGGUGCAUCUGCCACCUCAAGGAAGAUGUGAGGGCUUUGGAAAUUUGUUUGAACUUUUAUAACAAGGAUCCUAUCCUUAAUAGCAAAGAAACCAGCAUUGGGGCUGAGCAGGGUGGCUCUCACAUGGGCAGCAAAUUCGUUAGAUAAGCCACAGUGCCUGGUUGGCUCAGCCUUGGCUCCCCACAGGUCUGCUCUCUCCUACAAAAUGUCAUUGAAACCAUUUUGCUUUCUUGUUUUGUUUUAAGCAAAAGACAGUCUCCUGUCCUAUCCAGAAUAUGAAAUUCAAGCUGAAUGGAGUCUAAAGAUUUUAAGUUUUUGUGUUAAUCUCUUGGUUUGACUAAAUAUAUAGUACAACCUAAGUUAAUAAAUAUUAUUUUUAUAUGCA